AUUUGUUUCCACCCAGAACCUACACAUUCACCUUACCUCACCUAACCUUUCUCAUCGUCAUCUCUCUACUUCUGUUCUGAGUAUCUUUUCUCGAUCCUCUGACCUACUUCUCCAAUCGCCAUCCCAACAGACAAACAAGUUUGUUUACUCUCGUCCUCCCCACGCGCCCUCUGCCGCCAUAGCUGUAGCUGGCCACCACGUCACUCUCCAAAAAAAUUCCCACCCGAGCUCACGCGACCCCGACAUUGUUGAUUGCGCACCACCAAAGCUUCGUUCAACAUGGCCGCUUCCCCCAUUCAAAACCCCGCGGUGCAAACCGAAUCCAAGUCGGCCAAGAAGAAGAAGGCCAAGGUCGCUGAGCGCACCGAGUCUCCUGCUCCUACUGCCUCACCCGCCCCCGAGAAGGCUGACGGCUCCGAUGAGUCCGGCGAGACAGCCUACAUUCGUGAGAUCCAGAAGAACAUCCGCAACACCAACAAGAAGCUUACCAACGCCUCCAAGAUCGACAACCUGAUCGCCGAGAACCCCGGCAAGUCCCUCGAUGACCUUGUCGCUUCCCGCACUAUCAAUGCCGACCAGAAGGCCCAAUACUUGAAGAAGCCCGCUCUGCAGGCCCAGAUCAGCCAGUACGAGGAGCAGCUUGCCCAGUAUAAGAAGAUCGACCAGGAAUACCGCGCUCGCGCUGUCAGCGAGAAGGCCGAGCUGGAGAAGUCUUUCGCCGAAAAGCUGGAGAAGGAGAAGGCCGCUGCCGUCGCCGAGGCCAAGGCCCAGUUGGAGGCCCAGUUGGAAGGCGACUCCAUCAACAGCAAGCUCCUCACCUUGUCGCAGUUUCUCCGCCUUGCGGCUGCACGCCGCUCUGAGGAUGCAGACCCCAAUGUCGAGGAGAACCGCGCCCUCGAAGGUGUUCUGCUUGCCAUCUACACGGGCGACGAGAACGCUGUAGCCACCAUGCUGAAGCUGAUCGACGGCACCGACGAGCAAACGUACAGCGUCAAUGGCGAACCGCUCCAGACGACUUUCGGCCACGUCAAGGCUGCCUCUAAGGCCUACAAGUCUCCCUAUGAGGAGGUCACUACUGAGGCCGAGACCACCGCCGCCGCCGAGGUUGUCACGGAUCCCACCAUUGCCAACGCCACUGUCAACGAGAUCGAGGCCGAGGAUACCGCCGUCAUCAAUGGCCAGAACGAACAGGCCUCCGAGACCCCCAGCAACGCCAACAUCACCAGCGGUUCUGGCAACGCUGCAGGCGAGAAGUGGGACCAGGCAGCCGAUAACAACAUGUCGCUGUCCCAGGAAUGGGUUUCCGUCCCCCGCGACCCUGCCGAGACCGAGACCGGCGUCGACGCCACCCCGGCCGCUGUCUCCAACACCCAGUCUUGGGCUGACGACCAGCCCGAUCACCACGAGGCCCAGGCCGAUACUACCACCGCUGCCGCCGACCCUAACGACGGUUUCCACCAGGUCCAGGGCCGCAACCGUGGACGCGGCGACCGUGAAGGAAGCUACCGUGGACGUGGUCGUGGCGAAUGGCGCGGCCGUGGACGCGGCGAGGGACGUGGUGGCCGUGGACGCGGCGGCCAGCGAGGCGGCUCCAUCUCCCAGCGGGGACCUCGCCGGACCGAAGAGUCGUAGAGACACUCUGUCCAGUGGCGUUCUCUGGCCUGUCGACGGCCGGUGAGUAGGCUCAAUUUCUACAUGCCACCGCGUCCCUCGCGACGAUGCAUUACGACUGGGGCAUGGCGACGCCCUACGCAACGUGAUUUACUGCAGUGGCUUUGAUAGGUGUCAAGGCCGGUAAAGGAAUGGGUGAGGGAUGUUGUUAAUUGACGACAUAGGCAUUCGGUUCCCCUUUUCAGGUUUGACUUCUGGGUGGUUGGCAUGGCUGGCGGUGUUGGGUUGCGUGGCUUUAUGCUUGUACAAUACACAACAUGACUUUAGGGGCCGGCAUACAAAAGAAAACAUACGGAAUGAGAUGUUGAUACCCAAGAUUGGAUGAAGCGUUCCAUUUGUGUGACAGUUAGCUC